AUCGGGACUGGCACCGGGAUCGGAACCUGCACCGGGAGCGGACGCACCAUGGGCGGGUGGCGGGAUAUGUCCGCGGAGGCUCUGGAGGACCAUUACUCUCCCAGUCGCUGGUCCCCCCGCCUGGACCGGGACACCAUCAUCGACGCGCACCUCGCGGUGACGGCGGCAGGAACCGAACGGGCCCGGGCCAGCGUGAAGACCUUGCUGCACGUCCCCUACGGCAACGGAGACCGGGAGAAGCUGGACAUCUAUUUUCCCACGGACCUUUCUGAAACCUUCCCGGUUCUGGUCUACAUCCACGGCGGAUACUGGCAGUGCUUGAGUAAGGACGACUCGGGAUUUGCAGCCCCCCCGCUGGUGUCGCAGGGGGUGGCAGUGGUGGCCGUGGGGUAUGACAUAGCCCCUGAAGGCCACAUGGACGCCAUGGUGCUGCAGGUGCGCCGCAGCCUCGUCUUCCUGGUGCAGCAGUACCCCAGGAUCAGAGGCAUUUACUUGUGCGGACACUCAGCAGGGGCCCACCUGGCGGCCAUGGUGCUGUCCACAGACUGGACUGAAUUCCAAGUGGUGCCAGAUAUCAAAGGAGCAGUGCUGGUGAGCGGCGUGUAUGACCUGGAGCCCAUCCUGCACACCUACGUGAACGAUGCUCUGAACAUGAGCCGCUGCCCCCGGCGUGACUCCUGCAGGGAGGUGGCCCAGAGGAACAGCCCCAUGAGACACGUCCCCACGGCAGUGCCAGCAGCCUGUGAGGUGCUCGUGGCUGUGGCCCAGCAUGACUCCCCAGAGUUUCGCAGGCAAUCACAGGAGUACAGCCAGGCCCUGCGUGCAGCAGGCUGGUCUGUCUCUCUGCUGGAUCUGGCUGGUGUGGAUCACUUUGAUGUUAUUGAGAAGUUGUCGGAGGAUAGCUACAUCCUCACUCAGGUGAUUCUGAACAUGAUUUCAAGAGCAUGACAGCAUGUCAGGAGUAAACAGAUGGUGACCAUGGCCCUGUGUGGUGGCGUCCCCCUGCCUGCUGCCUCCUCGGUCUAACACAGAGUGACCACUGCCUCAGACCCCCAUUGUGCCCUCUCUGCUCAGCCCAGUCUAGGCUGGUGCCCCUUCCCUGGGGUGUUCCUGCCCACUGGAGUGCAGGGGACUGAGGGCAGCAAGGCUCUGUCUGGGCAGCUGGAUCAUGAAGUUUGUUCCCUCAGUGUCCUUUAAACUGCACAUUGGCAAUACAAAAUAAAAUGGGAAUUACUGCUGCCGGGGGUAGUGCUUCCCAGGGAGCCAGUGAGUGCACACCCAAAGGAA